AUGUCGGCGUUAUUUCAGCGGGAUGAGACGGCAGUUGGGGUCUUACUUGACACGGGGAAGGUCGACCUAGAUCGUCGGGAUGGCUAUGGCUACAUGCCACUGAUGUUGGCAGCAGUUAAGCGGGCCCUACUUAAAACAGGGAAGGUUAACCCUGAUGAUCGGAACGGCGUACCAUCACCCGUCAGUGACAGCCAAUCUGCUAUCCGAGCAAUCGUCAACUUCUGA